UGUGUCACCAUCCCCGUUGUUUCCGAUGUUUGCACGGAUCUCACUGGGGGCCUUAGUUUCCUGAACCAGGAGAUCUCUGCCAUUGUUGUCCCUGAUGGAUUUGUGUGUUCGUUCUAUGAGGAAUUUGGAUGCCUCGGGAGUCAGAACGCACAAAAUGUUGUUGUUCUUACUGGUGGAACCUGGAAUAUGUUUUCCGUUCCUGGGAUCGCUGGUACUCAGGACUUCAAUGACUUAACCAGCUCGUUCAGCUGCUCUCCAAUUUAA